AUGGAUGAGUUGUCUUCUCAGUUUCAGAUUUUUGUUCAAGAAUUUAAGAAAUCCAAGAAUCCAAGCCAAGAAAUGAGCAAGAGCUUCACAGAUCAGGAUUUGCAACCCAAUCGAAUCCUCGUCGUCACCAUUCACACAAUGAUCUAUCCUAUAACGGAGGAAGUGUUGCAUCAAGUGUUUUCUCCAUAUGGGUUUGUAGAGAAGAUCGUCAUUCUUGAGGAGACAGUUAGCUGUCAAGCUCUUAUACAAUUUCAAUCCCAUCAAAAUGCGGUGGACGCAAUGAAUUCUCUACAAGGGCGCAACAUUUAUGAUGGUUGUUGUCGAUUAGCCAUACAAAUUUCCAAUUUCAAUGAAGAAUUUCAGCCAUCUCAGAGUUCCUUGUCCUUCAAACCCAUGGGCUCUUAUCCCCAACAAAAGUGUUAG